GCUUGGGACAGAGGGGAACCACACCUUCAAAGGCCAGCCUAUCUGCCUUGGAAGUGCAGAAGACUAUUCAGAAGCUGGCUGAGGUGUCCACAGAGCGGAGAUCGGACAGUGUGGAGAAGGACCUUGGUAGGUGUGCAGAUCAUUGACCCAGGCUCAGAAGACCAACAUACAGAAUGGCUACUGCAGGCACCUCAGGACUGGGAAGGAGGAAGAAGGCUCCGGGUCUGAUGGAUCAGAUCAGCCAUUUUUUUGGAGGGGAUAAGAAGAAAAAGGGCAAGGGUUCAUUCCGUGGUCACCUGUCCUCCUCACCCCAAAGAUCUCAGCACUCCUCUACCCGACGCCGUGGGGAUGUGAACCCUAUUGUGCACUUCUUCAGGAGCUUUGUGUCCUCUCCUCGCCCCAAGUCAAGGUGGAGGGAGAUCUUAGGCCUGGCUUCAGCAUCACCACGUGCAUCGGAGAUUAUCAGAUCCCCUCACAGACGCCGCAGAGACCCGAACACACUGUCCAGAAUCUUCAACCUGGGAGAAAGUCGAUCUCGUUCUCCACCCAAACGCUGGAGCACCAUCUUCUGAGCCCUCCUCUGAAAUUGCAACAAGUCAGACAGAAGACAGGGGACAGAAUGGGAAGAAGAAGGAUCAAGCGAGACUAUGCCCAUUAGACUAAUACUGACUAAUACUGGCCAUCUCUGCUAAUAAGACAGUUACAAUCCGGAGGGUCUGAAAUUAUUCACCUGUGAAGAGAGAGAAGCUAUUUGUGCUGGGUUGUGUAGCACUUGCCAGAUUUUGACAGAUUUUAAAAUACUGAGCACGUAGGUAUAAGUGCCUUAGAAUAAUAUAUUGGCAAUUAUUGAUAACAAUUAUUACAUAAAGAUUAUAACUCUUUUGAGAUUAAAUGUCUCAGACCCGUAUUUAAGUGCAUAUUCUAGUUGGAUUAUAUCAUAACAAACACAUUUGUAUGUCUUAUGUUUGAUUUUAUCUUAAAAGUACUGAAACCCAGCAAUUAUAUACCAGUAGUCAGUUUUAAGUAUUAAGCUUGUUUUCAAUCUGUCUAGUGUUCCUUUAAUUUUUAAUUAAAUGUAGCUGCAUUUGAUGUAUUAUUUAUCAAGCAGUAAUUUUUAAUCCAUAUACUGCUGUGAGAAUCCUUUACAAUUUAUGUAUGAUUUUUGAAUAAUAUGUAUGUUUUUUGUAGUCGUCAAGUGUCCUGUCAUGUACUGUUUGUUUCCAUGUUUAAAUACCUGCAUAAAGGAUGUAAGACUGUAUUCUGGCCUAUGUAACAUUCAGUAUUGUAUAUUAACAAACCAUAGUAAUAUAAAAAAAGGUUUGGUAACAUUUUUCAAUACAGCUACUAAAAUGACAGAUCUCCAAACCAGUGGAGAUUUAAACUGCCCUCUGAUUGCACUGAUUUCUUUCAAUGGCUUAGAAAUACCACUAGGUGACACUAGUUAUGUCAAGUUGUUACGUUAUAAAACGCUAUAUAUAUUUAUUGAAAUACUUUGCAUGUAUCGUUUAUUUCUUGUACAUACAAAAUCUAAACCAGACAAACAUCCAAGGCAAGCUUUAAAGGUUGUGAAGGUGUAAGAGAGUAAAUGAAAAGUGAAAGAUGGAUCAGAGAAACAUAACAGCAAGGAAACAAUGGAAGAAGAAAAGUUCAGAUUAGUAUGUUAGAGAUAGCCUACUACUUAUAAUGUGUCCUGAUAUUGUGCGUUGUUUUGUGUCUUAUGCAUGUGCUGUUUUUUGAAUGAGUGCUGAACAUACAAUAAAUGUAAUUUUACCCAUAAGCGCUGGACCCAAAUGGUGCUAAAUUUGUAAUGCGGAGAGUAUUAUGAGUGGCCGCCUUCCUACAUUAUAAUGUGUAUUACUUUUAACUAUAAAUUAAUAUCUUAAUAUCAAAUAAAGAAUCCUAAAUGGA